UAAGGGAAAGUCGGGAUGGACGGGCGACUUUCAGGGAUUUUUCAACUCGGAUCGGCGUAAUACGCAGACAUCGCGCUUUUUCUUGUUUGUAUGUAUACAGUCAUGGCCCUUGCGUUUCAAUUGAUUUCUGUGAAAUUCCCCAAAGCUUGCCAUGGUUCCUGUCCCGCGUGCACGAUGCUCUAUGAAGUUGUUCUCUAUACAUGUGCACAUAGUCUUGGUCAAGCUUCAACUUCGGACACGGGCACGGGUAGCCCAUCUCAAACCUCAAUGCAACGCAACUUGAUUAAGACCCAAAACGCAUGAACUGCGCUCAACACAUUGCGAUCUUGAUCAAGAACUAUGCAG